CUCUCUCCCCGCCCCCAAUUCCCAAACACACACAGCUGAAAAUACGCACAAAAUAAUUUAACAAUUCGAAAACAAAAAAAUAAUCGGAUUUUUCCAAAUGGGUUCAUCGAAUCAGAUCGAGAAGUAAGUUUCCAUUGAUUCUCAACGAUUCUCAGAAGCAAAAUUUCAGUCUCCCUCUCCGCCUGAGACAUCAAAGUUAUGAUUUUUUCUCGGAUUGGUCGCUCCGUUUCUCGAUCUUCUCGCGCCAGGAAUUUGUUGCUUGGAAGUGGGCGAUCGGCGGGUCUGAUUGGGAAUGGAGGCAUUUCUGGAGUUCCGCGUUUUGGUUCGUAUCUGGGUCCGGUCGAUGGGGAAUUAGGGUUUUUGAGGUCGUAUUUUGCUGCGUCAAUAGGGGCCCACAAGGCCUGCGUUUCGGAUUUCAGUUGCAUUCUUGCAAACCCUAAACUUAGCCGACACUUUUCGAGUGAAACCCCAAAGAAAAAGAAUUAUGAGAACUUCUAUCCCAAGGAAAAGAAGGAAAUUCCGAAAGGAGAUGAGCAGAAAUCGGAAUCAAAAGAUGAAUCAAAGGCAGAUGAUCAGGGGAGUUUUCAGGAAACUUUCUUGAGGCAGUUUCAAAAUUUAAUUACCCCGCUAUUGGUCAUUGGGCUAUUUCUUUCCUCCUUCUCCUUUGGUACUCCUGAUCAGCAACAGAUAAGUUUCCAAGAGUUUAAAAACAAACUUCUGGAACCAGGCUUAGUGGAUCAUAUAGUUGUCUCUAAUAAAUCAGUUGCAAAAGUGUAUGUGCGUAGCUCGCCACGCGGUCAGACAAGUGAGGAAGUUGUCCAAGGACCUGGUACCCCUGCUCGUGCAAAUGGGGGCCAGUACAAAUACUAUUUCAAUAUUGGAAGUGUUGAAUCUUUUGAGGAGAAGUUGGAGGAUGCCCAAGAAGCGUUGGGAAUAGACAGUCAUGAUUUUGUUCCUGUUACAUAUGUCUCUGAGAUGGUUUGGUACCAAGAAUUGAUGAGAUUUGCACCAACACUACUGCUUUUGGGAUCCCUCUUGUUUAUGGGGCGGAGAAUGCAGGGUGGACUAGGUAUUGGUGGUUCUGGCGGACGAAGUGGCCGUGGAAUCUUCAAUAUAGGAAAAGCCCAAGUUACAAAAGUAGAUAAAAAUACAAAGAACAAGAUCUAUUUUAAAGAUGUUGCUGGUUGCGAUGAAGCAAAGCAGGAAAUCAUGGAAUUUGUGCACUUUCUCAAGAAUCCUAAGAAAUAUGAGGAUUUGGGAGCCAAAAUUCCCAAAGGAGCUCUAUUGGUAGGCCCUCCAGGCACUGGAAAGACCCUUCUAGCAAAAGCAACUGCAGGGGAAUCUGGUGUUCCAUUUCUAUCUAUGGCUGGAUCAGACUUCAUGGAGAUGUUCGUUGGUGUUGGACCGUCAAGAGUCAGAAACUUGUUUCAGGAAGCAAGGCAAUGUGCUCCUAGUAUAAUAUUUAUUGAUGAGAUUGAUGCAAUUGGUCGAGCAAGGGGGCGAGGGGGCUUGUCAGGUUCCAAUGAUGAGCGUGAGAGUACUCUAAAUCAGUUGUUGGUAGAAAUGGAUGGCUUUGGAACAACUGCUGGAGUAGUUGUUCUUGCUGGCACCAAUAGGCCUGAUAUUUUGGACAAAGCCUUAUUAAGGCCUGGUCGAUUUGAUCGCCAAAUCUCUAUUGAUAAACCUGAUAUUAAAGGUCGUGACCAAAUAUUUCAGAUAUACUUGAAAAAGAUCAAACUUGAUCAUGAACCAUCAUAUUAUUCUCAAAGGCUUGCAGCCCUAACUCCAGGGUUUGCUGGGGCAGACAUUGCAAAUGUUUGCAAUGAAGGUGCUCUAAUUGCUGCAAGAAAUGAGAGUGCACUGGUCACAAUGCAGCAUUUUGAGGCGGCUAUAGACAGAAUUAUUGGUGGUUUGGAGAAGAAGAACAAGGUUAUAAGCAAGCUCGAGCGCCGUACCGUUGCCUACCAUGAGGCAGGGCAUGCUGUUACCGGAUGGUUCUUAGAACAUGCAGAACCAUUGUUGAAAGUGACCAUUGUUCCUCGAGGUACUGCAGCACUUGGGUUUGCGCAGUAUGUUCCAAAUGAAAACCUCCUCAUGACCAAGGAGCAGCUUUUUGAUAUGACCUGCAUGACCCUCGGUGGUAGAGCAGCUGAACAGGUUAUGUUGGGGAAAAUCUCGACGGGGGCCCAAAAUGAUCUGGAGAAAGUGACAAAGAUGACCUACGCCCAAGUUGCAGUCUAUGGUUUCAGUGACAAGGUGGGUCUCCUUUCUUUCCCUCAAAGGGAAGAUUCAUUUGAGAUGUCAAAGCCCUACAGCAGCAAAACUGGAGCCCUUAUUGAUGGUGAAGUGCGCGAAUGGGUGGGUAAGGCGUAUGCACGCACAGUUGAACUCGUAGAGGAACAUAAAGAGCAAAUAGCUCAAAUUGCAGAAUUGUUGCUUGAAAAGGAAGUUCUUCACCAAGAUGACCUGCUCAAGGUGUUGGGGGAAAGACCAUAUAAACCGGCUGAAGUGACCAACUAUGAUAGAUUUAAGGAAGGUUUCGAAGAGAAAAAUGAUGAGAAAACAGUGGAGACACCGCUGGUUGGGUCCGAGGAUGACGGCUCAUCACCCCUUGAGCCUCAGGUUCUGCCUACUUAGUUAUUGAGAAAGAAGUUUGUAAUUUGUACAUUGUAAUUGCUUUCCCUUGGAACUUCUGUGCUAACUAUUUCACACAUUUCAUGUAUGGUCGAAAUCUGUAUGAUACUUUAUUUGUUAUUUGGUGACAACGACCACGCGUUUUCCAUACAAAAACUAUAGAUUCA